UCUCCCUCUCUCCCCUUCCUUCAGUGACAGCACCCCAGCGAAAGCAAAUAAAAGCCCCUCGCCUCCACCAGAUGGAUCUCCCAUCACCAGCCCUGAGACCAAGACUGUUAACCAUGAGCUGGAACCAUCCACUUUGGAAGCACCUGGGGCAAGCAUCCCAAAAUCACCAUCUCAGUUGAGGAAAGGGCCUCCGGUGCCUCCGCCUCCAAAAGUCACCCCUUCCAAGGAGAUCAAGCAGGAGAACAUCAUCAGUCUAUUUGAUGACAAUUUUGUCCCUGAGAUAAGUGUGACAACCCCCUCGCAGUUUGAUGCCCCUGGGCCCUUCCAGGAGGGAACCAGCCUGUUGGAUCUGGAUUUUGAUCCCAUUAAACCAGAUGCCACUAUGGGGAAGACCCCCACACCUGCUUCUCAGUCUUUACCUUGGGAUUUAUGGGAGCCUACAGAAGCAGCCCAUGCAGGAGCUGAAGCAGCUGGAUCUGAAGCAGCAGCUGGAGCUGAAGCAUCUAAAACUGAAGGUGAUUCAGGAUCGAGCUCUCUGCCCGCUGUCGUUGUGGAGACUUUUCCUGCUACUGUCAAUGGCACCGUGGAAGGAGGAGCCUCCUCUGAAAGAGCUGACAUGCCCCCAGGAUUUCUGUUCAAGGUCCAGGCUAUGCAUGAUUACACAGCUACCGACAGUGAUGAGUUGCAGCUGAAGGCCGGGGAUGUGGUGCUUGUGAUUCCAUUUGAGAACCCUGAGGAGCAGCUGGAUGUGGGUGCAACAGCCAUGAACUCAAGACUCUCCAGGCUGCAGAGGGAUGAAGGAUGGCUGAUGGGUGUGAAGGAGUCUGACUGGAUCCAGCAUAAGGAACUUGACCAAUGCCGAGGGGUUUUCCCAGAGAAUUUCACAGAGCGGGUGCAGUGAAAGCAUGAGCCCGCCAGCCACAUUUCUGCUGGAAGAAAGCAAGUUUUCUGGUAGAUAAUUGAAAAAGAGCAGUAAAAACAAAGAGAAUUUUUAAGGAACAGAAGCCUGAAAAAAUUGUCAACUUAAAGGGUGUGUGCUUUUCAAAGGGCAAGGUUUCAGAAGUAAAUUGCAAUUCAAAGCGUUAUCAAAAUAUAUAAAUACUACUAAGGCAGACCAAUUACGCUCUUCCUCCUUUGGUUUAACAGCGUUUGAAUUCAGAGGACUGACACAGAAGCAACUCAGUGUGGUUCUUUAAAUGCUGCAUUGACUGAAUUGGCGCGAUGUCAGUCCAACCCCUGGAAAGGCAGCGUUUGUCUAUUAGCUUGAGAGCAAAAGCUGCAUUUGCUCUUGGGUGGGUUCACCUGUUUUGUCUUGAAGGCGGCUUGCAUGGCAACUAGAAAAAUUCAGCCUUCCCCACAAGAUCAACCUACAGUAGGCCAAACUUCCUGUGAUGCUGUUGAAAAAAAUAUUUAGUGUAUAGUGUUCACCAAUCCAAUGUAUGUGUGUGUAUUUUAUUUUCUUCCUUUAAGACAGUGUUAUACAAACUAAUUUUAUAUGUGUAGAGAAAGGAGAAACUAUGUGGUAAUGACAUGGAGGUGAAAUGUGUCAAGCUGUGCUCAGUCCCAAGUUCUUUCAACUGCAAGCAUCUAAAUUCUCACAGUAGUGUAUUGGCCUGUGAGAGCUAAAGGGAAUGGAGGAAUUGAAGAGGACAAACAAGACAAAAUAGCAGAUGACAUCUACCUGAUGGAAAUGAUGCCCUGCCCCCACAAGCCCUGUAGGCACUUUCAGAAGAGUUUAAAUUCGUGUAGAUGGAGGAUAGCUCUCAAAUCUGAAAGGAAAAUGUGUUUUUAAAGAAAAUUUAAAGAAAAAUAUUCUUCUGAAAGGAUGUCUUAAGAAAAAACACUGAGGAAACAACAUCUGCUUUCUGUUUUUAAUUGGCAUUGUUAUCUGUGGAAUGGUAUUUUUUUUACUUUCCUUUGAAGAUUUCUGUCAGUGAACUAUUGUUAGAUCAGCUUUCUCCAGUGCUGUGCUGGUGAUGAAGUUAACCUCUAAGAAAACUGGACUCUCAAAGUACUCAUUUAAAAUGACUGCAUGACUUCUUGAUAUUUUAAUGCAUUAGAAGAGGAAGGCAAGAAUAUCAAAGUGUCAGUGUCAAGAGGACACUCUGCAGUCUAAUACUGAUGCUGAGACCUUUCCUAGACCUUUCCUAUGCUCCUGUUUGUUUUUGAGUUUUGUUUUUAGUUUAAACAAGCAGAUGACAGAGCUGUUUCAAAGUGCAUAUUAUACUUGUUAAAGUAAGCCGGUCUGACCCUCCAAGACUCUGAAGUCCAACAAAUGUACUUUAAACUUUACUUGAAUACUGAUGCAGCUGGCAAGCAGGUCAGGCUAUUAUCUCUAUUUUUUUUUUUUAAAUGACUUCCCACCCUUCCUCCUCCACAAUCUUUUUGCCUUGAAGGGAUUUUUAACAGUAAGGUUAACUCCUGCUGUAAAGGGACAGGAUCAUUCACGGAAAUAAUCUUGUUAUUAGGAGCAGGCUUUUGUCAGAGUUGUGCAGGGUGCUGACACACACUACUGAAAAUCCCACCUUUUCUCAUCUGCUUUAAUUACUUGUAGGACAACAGAAAAAAAAAAUACAUUGUAGGGCAAAAAUGCUUUUGUUUUAUUUUUUUUAAGCUUUAAUUCAGAGCAAAGGGUCAGAUUUUGAUCAAAAUUAUAUUGUUGUAAAUGCAAAAAUUGCCAGAGUUCUUUCUGCUUUCACCUCGGAAGAUAGCUUGUGUUAGUUCUUUUACAGCAAUAUAACAGGCAUCAAAAUCUGUCCUGUAUAUCCAACUCCAUCUCAACAACUUUUUUUUUUUUUAAAUAAACUUGAGGAAAUCUUGUUUCUCAUCGCUGUUAAAUCCCCAGUAGUACUUAAGAGUAAUUGCACGCAAUACAGAAGGACUGGACUCCACAAGUGGCAGUAUGGUGAGCCAUUGCUUUAGAAUACUGCGCUAUUUGGAUUAUUGUUUUUUUUCUCCAGGGUUGUCGUUAUUAUUAUUACUUUUUCUUUCCAAAGUAUCUAUUUUUAUGCAUCUGUGACUCUCAUUACUCCUUUAAGGAAUAUUCAGAGAAGAAAAAUAUACAUUUAAAUAUACAUAGAAAUAUAUAUAUAUAAAAAAAGCGGGUUGAUCCAAUUAACAUAAUGCCGUCAGCUUAAAAUGUUUAUUUUUAUGCAAAACCUGUGGAUUAUUGUUUUUUAAAAAAAGACAAGAUUCUAAGUACCAGAGCUGUGAUUUUUUUUUUUUGUCUUGCAAGUAAUUGUUCUAGAACACUUAGCUGUGCUGAUAUCUAAUUUAUUGUGGGUUUUUUGCUGUUGUUGAUGUUGUCUUCUGCUGUGUUUGAACCAGAUGACUGUCCCAACGUAAAUCCUUGUAAGGCCUUUUCUUUUAAUUGAGCUUGCAAAGCAACUAUCCAGUACUGUAUUAUCCCUGCAGAAGUGGUAACACUCUGCAAAGAAGGGAUGUUGUUUUCAGGUCACGUGAUUGAUGCUCAAGUAUUGCUAGUGGAGAGGCUGGUACAUCUUUCUCCAUUUGCUUCCUUGCACCCACAAUCCCCAUGCCCCCCCCUUGCUUAGAGCACAUAGUGUGGGUUACCUAGAUUUUGCUGUGCUUGCAGUAUCACAUCACAGAUUCUAAAAAUGCAGGAUUGGGCCCACAGGUUGUAAAUUGCCUUAUAUGAGAGUAGGGUGGUAUAGCAAGAAGCUUGUAAAUGGCAGUAUUCUUUGGAAUCAUCUCUUUAUCUCCUGGGUUAUGUUCAGCCCAUAAACAGGCACAUCUCCUCCGAUUUUCAGGUUUUUUUUUUUAUCUGCUAAAUAAUUUGAUUUUUGGUUAGUAUUACCUGGUGAAAUAAAAUUCCCAUUUUCCUUUGGCUUAGGACUGAUUUAAAUAGAAAGAAGGACAGUAAACUCCCGAAGUAGGCUGUGCCCACAAGUGGUUUUUCAGUUUGCAGGCUGAACUGAAAAAUCUGGGGAAAAACGUUGUAAGGGUGGCCUGAAGCAAUAAGGGUGACCUGAGACAAGUUUAUUUUGUUUUCAUUUUCUCAGUGAAAUGAAAAAGGGAAAAAUCAAAACAUUAAG